CCCACUCUUCUCUUUCUUUCUAUCCCUCACAUACUCUUAAGUUUCCUAUAUAUGUAAAGCUUCUCCCUUGUAGACUUUCCUUUGUAGCAAGAAUAAAUUUUCAUAUGGAGAGGCAAAUGAUAAACAAGAAGAAACGAGUAUUCUCUUUUGAACCAACCAAGCUACCCCCUAGUGAAGUUUUUACGAGGAAAUACAUAAGCCACUUAGUUCCUGCACUCAAGAAGCUCAAUAUGGGAAAGAGCUCUCCACAAAUCAACCAACUAACUGUGAAGCGUGAAGUAGACAAGGCUUUGGCUUUGUCUGCUCAAGAAUUUGCAUGGAGCCGUUUCUUGCUACAGAAGCUGUCGUCCUCGAACAAUCCAACCACUACUACAAGUUCUUCUUCCAUUCAAACUCAGAUUCUAGAAAGAUCCAACGACGAAGAUGGAGAGAUAGAGGAGAAACUGAAGGAAUUACAGAAGCUUUUGCCAGGUGGAGAAGAGAUGAAUGUGGAAGAAAUCUUGACUGAGAUUGGCAAUUACAUUAAGUGUCUUGAGUUGCAGACGAGUGCUCUUAAGUCGAUUGUUCAAGAUGCUACUUGACUUUUAGUUUUUUUUUUUUUUUUUUUGAAAACAGGCCUCUCGUUUUACCCUGUAAUUUUAGUUUUUUUUUAUGUUUGUCCUUGGACUAGAGUCAUCUCUGUCUGUUAUUUUCUCUCGUUUUCUUCAAGAACAAGAGCAUAUCUAGUAAUACUACUAUGUAUAUGGGUUUUAUUUUCUU